UUGAGGUCUUCCCUUACGCUGUUGCCGCGUUUGAUGCGGAUGACGAUGGAGAUCUGGACUGUGCGAUGGCCGUGCGGCAACAGCUCGAUGAGGACCAGAAGACUGCUACCUACGUAUUUGUGCUACCGCCCGUCAAUGGACAUCAACCAGAGAACCACACCUACCAUUUAAAGGAAGGAUCAACAACCGACAAACCUGUCUACACGGUGGACGACGGUGCCGAUGGUGAGAAAACGGCGAAUUUGAUCUAUAGCAACUAUGAGAAUUGCGCCGUAGUGGACUUCCCGUUCAAGAUGAGACAAAGCUGUGGUCUAUGGGUCACCAAAGAUGUGUUGCACAGUUUCCCGCAAGAAUGCAUUGACCAGUUCGAGGACAACUGCGACAAGGCGGUCGCGGUGUUCGACGACGAAACUUGCAAGGGUGUGUUGGACAAUAUCUAGAGCACUUCUCACGCGCGUGUAUUUUUAUGAGCGUUCGGUCAUUAGUACCGAAUAAUAAAUUGCUCCAUCACACGAAACAUAACUCUCCCGUCGAUUAUUUAUUUCUAAUCUGUUUCCCCCUUGUCCACCCAGUCCA